AUGCAGACCGCUAUGCGUGCCACGAGCAUGAAUGCAGUGUUGCUGUCUGUGCGCGCCGACCUGUCCAUCAGCGGCGACAGCCUGGGCAACAACGCGCCCGCCGUGCGCAACCUGGCGUGGGGAAGCUUCUGGGUGCAGCUGCCGCUGACGGUGGUGUCGGCGUCCAUCCUGUUUUUCGCGAGCUUCGUCACAGCGCAGUCGCCUCCCGACAUCAGCCGCAUCUUCACGUUCCUGGGCAUCGUGGCCUCCUUCAUUUCCACAUUCUUCGCACACGGCUUCCUGACACUGGCCCGCCAGGCCAUUAACGAGGGCAAGGCCGUCAGGCGCAGCGCCCUCGUGCAGAACCUGGUGCGCAACACCAACAUCAACCUGGCCGGCAUCGGCGUGGUGCUGCUCGGCCUGCAGGCCUCGGUGGGCACCCUGGUAUCCAAGACCAUGCUGGGCGCCGCCAACGCGCCCUACGCCACCCCGCAGCCGGGGGCCACCCUGGUCUCCCUGGACGUCUUCUCCCUCCAGGCGUCCACCAACGUCCUGUUGGCCCACUUUGUGUCCAUCGUGUUCACAAACCUCAUCCUCUCGCGGGUCAACAAGGCCACGGCCCAGGCUGCGUGA